UUGUAAACAUCACACGACACCGGACUUAAACCCCUAAAACCAUAAUAAGUUUUAUCUCCUCUAUACAGUAUACAAGCCACCAUGCUGACAGAAAAAUCCACGAUCGGGUCAAGCAACUCUCCUGUAGAACAAUUUGUCCUAUUGGCUAAAAGUGCCAAAGGUGCUGCAGCUUGCGAGCUGAUUAAACAGGCUCUGGAGGCCCCAGGAGUGUAUGUAUUUGGAGAGCUGCUCGAAAUGCCCAACAUUCUAGAGUUGGAAAACACUGAGUUCAGUAAAAAUGUCCAAAUGCUCAAAAUGUUUGCGUAUGGGACGUACAGGGAGUAUCUAUCAAAGCAAAAUGAUCUCUUUGAACUCACACCAACUCAGCAGAAAAAACUCAAGCAUCUCACUCUUGUCGCAAUGGCCACCAAAAAUAAGUGUAUUCCUUACUCAGAUCUGCUUCUGGAGCUGGACAUUAAAAAUGUCCGCGAUCUUGAAGAUUUGAUCAUUGAGGCUAUCUAUGCAGACAUUAUUCACGGCAAAUUAGACCAGAAGAACAGCCAACUGGAGGUCGAUUUUGCCAUUGGUCGAGACAUUAGACUGGAGGAGAUCGGCACCAUCGUUGAAACCCUGCAGCAGUGGUGUGACUCGUGUGAGACUGUGCUUAGUUGCAUAGAGACUCAGAUCAUCAGGGCGAACACUGAAAAGUUGAAAAGCCUCAAGCAUAAAGAGUCUAUUGAGCAAGAAAUUGUGAGUAUCAAAAAGCUUCUUAAGACGCAGACCCAGGAUGGAGAUGAGGCCAUGGCCACAGAUGCACUGAGCUCCAUGCCCACUGGAAAGUCCAAGAAGCCAGGAAAGGGCGGUCGCACCUGUGGCAGUAGCAAGUUCUGGCCUAAAUCAUGAAUUCCUGUUUGUACAAAAUGACAAGAUAUAAAUAAUCACAU